UUUAACUAACUAAGGGCUCCUUGGUUUGUGCUCAUCAGAUUCUCCAGAGACCACUCUGAUUGGCCAGUUGUGCAUGAAGAAGAAUGGCCAACACUUUGUUAGUUUCAUACACGGACAUUUCUUCACUGGUCAUACAUCAUGUUGGUCUAGUUUCAGGCUGCGUCCGCGCCCUCUAGCGGCCUUUACAGGCGUGGCAGCAGCCUCACAGUGAGGUUCCAGUGCGCAGCUUUUUUCCUCCUCUUUGAAGCUCGCCUCUCAUGUCACUACUGUUACUCAUAUGUGCAGCCAAUCUCUUCCUCAUGACGCCACCAAGGCUGGGCUCAUGGGGCUCCGGUCUUCAUAUUUAACCCACCCAGCCCUGGAUGCACACUUGGACUGGAGACAAGAGCGUGUACGAGGGGACAAAUUGACAAACAGGAAGGUUCUCUGCACCUGCUGCCAGCCGCUCUCUGUGACUUCACCACCACCAUCACCAUCACCACCGGCGGCGGCGGCAGCAGCAGCAGCAGCCGCGGGACGGAAUCCAAGCAUCUCCGCCACGGAUCACCUGUUAUUUUUGAUGGAUUUCUUCCGUUGUUUUUUCUUCGAAUUAUCUUCCAAAUCUUUAAAGAAGGAAGACUGUGAUUCGGUGAACUAGACUGUAUCUUUCUGUCUUGAGACUUUUUUUUAUUCUCACCGACACGAUUGGCAUUUCUUUUAUUCUAAGAAGCAAAAGCGGAAUUCGUUGAACAGGGAAUCUUUCUGUUUUGUUUUGUUUUUUUGUUGUUUUUUUUUUUUUUUUGCCAAGCGCCUUUCGGCAAUAUUCACUAUUUUUUAAACAAUGACAUGAACAAUAAGCACUUGAGCUUUCACUUUGAGCCGCUGCCUGUAAAGUGUUCGUUGCUUCAAAUGCGCGUGUCCGCUCACCUGUCUGGGCAAAACCUGGACCAGUGUCCAAAUUAGAAUAACAUCGAACACACGAUGGAGCUGUUAAGAUAGAAGCAGCGGUGUUGCGUAGGGAACGAUCACGGCGAACCUUCAAACUAACAUCGCUGCUUUGUCAUCGGUCGUCGGUGUUGAACACCCAUGUCCUCGCCGUGAGGUGUGCUGCGCUUAAAAGCUUCAGUGUAAAAAAGACAUAAAGAUGAUUUUGUUUCGUAAAUUCAGAGUGUUGAUACUGAUGGUGUUCCUGGUGGCCUGCACCAUGCACAUCAUGAUAGACUUGUUACCCAAAUUGGAGAAGCGUGCGGCGGGAACGGACGGCGGGGACGGCGGCUGCCAGUGCGCACAUCACCCGGGCGCUGAGACGCAGGGCUGGGGGAAGCAGCGCGCUAAGUCAGCGGCGGAAGCCGGCUGGCCUAACAAACACACGCUGAGGAUCCUGCAGGAUUUCAGCAACGAGCCCAACUCCAACCUCACGUCGCACUCCCUGGAGAAGAUCACGGCGGCCGGGGACACUGCCAGGCGGAUGAGACCGUCGGCCGGGAAGGCGCAGGACCACAAGCCGCUGUUGGGAGACUCGAGUGGGGUCCACGACCACGGGGUCUCUAAACUCACGGCUCUUUUUGGGCAUCCUUUAUACAAGAUUGCCCUUCCUGCUCUCACGGACGGCGACACUUUGUUUAAUGUCAACACUGACAUCCGCUUGUAUCCAAAGGCAACAGGGAAUCAAGAAUGGCACAACGAGGAGGGUAACGCAGAGGAAGACUUGUCUCCAACAGGAGAGGCGACAGCUGAAUCCUACCCAAACUGGCUGCGUUUCCACAUUGGGAUCAACCGCUUCGAGCUCUACGGCAGACACAACCCAGUGCUGGAUGCUCUACUGAGAGACCUGGUGACACAGAGGAUUACCAGUGUGGCCAUGAAAUCAGGAGGCACCCAGCUGAAACUCAUCAUGACUUUUGAGAACUACGGACAAGCGCUUUUCAAACCCAUGAAGCAGACCCGGGAUCAGGAAACACCGCCGGACUUUUUCUACUUCUCCGAUUUCGAGAGGCACAAUGCUGAGAUUGCUGCUUUUCACUUGGACAGGAUACUUGAUUUCCGAAGAGUGCCCCCAGUGGCAGGACGACUAGUGAACAUGACAAGAGAAAUCAGAGACGUGACAAGGGACAAGAAGCUGUGGAGGACGUUCUUCAUCUCACCAGCCAACAACGUCUGCUUCUACGGUGAAUGUUCCUACUACUGCUCCACUGAGCACGCUCUGUGUGGGAAACCAGACCAGAUCGAAGGCUCACUCGCAGCCUUCCUGCCAGACCUCAACCUGGCCAAACGCAAAACCUGGAGAAACCCCUGGAGGCGCUCUUACCACAAACGCAAGAAAGCAGAAUGGGAGGUGGACCCAGACUACUGUGAUGAGGUGAAGCAGACGCCUCCUUACGACCGCGGCACCCGCCUGCUGGACAUCAUGGAUAUGACCAUCUUUGACUUUUUAAUGGGGAACAUGGACCGUCAUCAUUAUGAAACCUUUGAAAAGUUUGGAAACGACACUUUCAUCAUUCACCUGGACAAUGGAAGAGGGUUUGGAAAACACUCUCAUGAUGAGAUGUCCAUCCUGGUACCACUCAGUCAGUGCUGCAGAGUGAAGAAGUCGACCUACCUGCGGCUCCAGCUGCUGGUCAAAGAGGAGUACAGGCUCAGUUCCCUGAUGGAGGAGUCUCUGCUGCGUGACCGUCUGUCCCCCGUCCUCAUCCAGCCCCACCUCCAGGCCAUGGACCGCCGUCUCCGACUAGUGCUGCAGGUCAUCGAGGGCUGCCUGGACAAAGAGGGAUAUGACAAUGUUGUGGAGGACGACUUAGUUGGAGACACAUCCACCCACAGGAGCGGGGGUCAAAGGUAGUGAGGGCGGAGCCUAUGGUUGACCGGGACCACCAGUAACACAUGAACAAGGACCACGUCGGCGGACGUCCGACAAUAGGAUUGGACCAAAUGUCCCACCUCUGAUGAAUUCAGUGAAUUCCCAAGACUUGCCAUCAUUGCCUCUAAGGAACCUGCUGAUUUAUGUGUGUUGUUUCUAGAAGACACUGUCCACAGACACAGUGGACGACUGGACAGACUGGAGUGGACACUUUGUAUUUGUUAGAUACAGAUAUAUUUUUGUUUUACCAGAUGUUGUUUAAGACACAAAGGAACCAUGGCUGUGUUCUGGUUUUGUUGUGUUGUGUUGUUGUGUUGGUAAAAACCAAAAGAGAACCUACACUGACUGGACAUCUCUAUGGCCAGACGAUAAGCUUUACCUGUUCUUACAGCAUAUGGACUGGAUAAGGACACAUGUCCAAGUUUAGGGAUAUUGUUUGUUUUGUUUUUGUCGUCUUAGAAAAUAAUACUUUUUACAAAAUGCAGCCAAAUUCAUGAACCUUCAAGUCUGGUACAUAUAUAAAAAAAGUUUGAUGUUUUUUUAGAUUUUAAAAUGGGGCCAAGCUUAAAUGUUAUUGUACGUCAGACUUUACAAUGUCUUCAGUCUCAGUUCAAACAUAUUGUUCACUUCAGGUCCGAACAUGCCAUCACUUUGCCUUUUUCCACUUGUUAUUCUUGUUUUCUUAUUUAACACUACGUGCAGUCAAACACCAUGUGACAAAACUAUUUUACAAACCAAAAGGACGGAGCUGUUACAGACAUUAAUAAUCCAACCUGAGGCCUGAAGCAUUUAUUGUCGUCCCACAUGUCAGUCGUAGAAAUGAAACAUAUUCCGAGUUGUAUGUUGUUUUUAUUUCACGAGAUUUGAAGAAUUAUUUAUUGUCGCACUUCAGUGAGUGAAAGUGUUUUGAUCAUUUCUCAGCUACAGUUUUGCCUCAUGUUGCUUUUUAUGUUAAACUAUAGAUAAGAUGUUAAGUAUUUGGAUAAUAUUUUUGAAUCUGGCUGUUAUUUUCAUUAGAAGGAGGAAAAAAAAC